CAGAGGAUUAGUUUCACAGCAGUGGCUCCAGUGUGUCAACAUCUCCCAUGAGUGUCGGGGUGACCUGCGGGGGGAGAGGCGUCGUACGUGUCCCCGGGAGCAGUCACUGACAGGCAGGCAUCAGAAUGCCGAAUACUGUGCUAUGGGCGGCAGAUAUUUGGGGCAAAGUACACACACUUUCUACAGAUGGACAGCAGUGGGAACUAUGUAAAGAUGAUCAACAAGAGUUCAAACGCCUGUCUGCUGUACAAGCAUGUUGCUGGGGCAUUGCCUCCAACCAUCAGGUCUAUGUAUAUGUGCACACCAGUGAUCUUCCCAUCCGAUAUCAAGAAGAGACUUAUGAGAAUCAGCGCUGGAAUCCAGUGGAUGGAUUCUGUGAAAAGCUUCUUCCCAGCGAUCGCUGGCAGUGGAGUGAUGUCACUGGUCUGAAACAUCAACAACUGGAAAGCUUCCAGCUCCCCUCACCACACUGGGAAUGGGAGUCCGACUGGUAUGUGGAUGAGAAUAUUGGAGGGGAAACAACAGAGAAAGGGGGCUGGACUUAUGCUAUAGAUUUCCCAGCAACUUAUACAAAGGACAAAAAAUGGAAUUCUUGUGUACGUCGCAGGCGGUGGAUCCGAUACAGAAGAUACAAGUCUAGAAAUACAUGGGCUAAGAUUCCCUCCCACAUGGAUAACAAGCAGCUACCUGACCCUUUAAACGACAUAUCAGUGGGAGGAUGGGAGAUCACAGAUGAACCUAUUGGACGAUUGUCUGUCUGGACAGUUUCUUUGCAAGGAAAGCUUUGGUUCAGGGAAAAUGUUUGCCAUGACAAUCCUGAGGGCUCCUCUUGGCUGGAUAUAGAAACUCCCAGUGAAGUUAUUCAGAUCAGUUGUGGGCCGUAUGACCUCUUGUGGGCUGCUCUUUGGGAAGGCCAAGCAAUUGUGAGAGAAGGUAUCAGCAGGAACUGCCCUAAAGGUAAUUCCUGGACUAUUGUGGAAGCUCCAACACCUGGAGAUGGGAUCAUGCACGUGUCUGUUGGUGUGAACGUGGUAUGGGCCGUGACAAAAGAACGAAAAGUAUGGUUCAGGAGGGGUGUUAACUCGCACAACCCUUGUGGCACUAGCUGGAUUGAGAUGGUGGGAGAAAUGGCUAUGUUGAGUGUGGGACUGAAUGAUCAGGUCUGGGGGAUUGGAUAUGAUGACAGAGCAGUGUAUUUCCGCCAAGGAGUCACCCCUAGUGAGCUCAGUGGUAAAAUGUGGAAAGCUAUUGUGGUGAGUCGGGAAAAUGAAAGGUCAAACUCUGGAAGUGUAUCCAGCUUACUAAGUGCUGGCUGUUUUUUUGGAGAUGAAGUCAAGGAUCAGUCUGAUUCCACCAUCCCAUCAGAUGUAGACUCAGAUGCUGAACACACUCUUGCACAGGAGCUUAAGCUCAACACAUUCGAAGUCCAUCAGGUCACAGUUCCAAUUCCUACCGAUGAACAGACUGAGGAACCAAGCACAGUUUCCGCUACUGACCCCCAAGAAGGAAACAGCCUAAAUACUGACUCACCUACCGAACCUUCCACAAAUUCCAGGAUGACCAGGGCUCCCCAAUGGAGCAGUAUUGAUCUGGCAGAGGCUAAAAUUAAUGCACUCCAACCUUCUGACAAACCCAGCCUAGCAUUAUUGGAGCCUUUCUCCGCAGUUGCUGAGGAACCUUUUGUGAAUGAUUUAUAUCCCUUAUGGACCUGGGUGUCUGGAGGAGGUUGCUUAGUGGAUUCUGUUAGUCCAUUGAAAUGGUUCUCUCGUCCAACAGGUCUAUCGAUUAGCAUGCAGUCACUCUCCAUUACCCCAGCCAAUACUGCUGUAUGGAGGAAGCAGAUUUUCGAGCAGCUCAGUGAACGCACCAGGAGAGAGCUUGAUAGCUUCCGACAUUAUGAACAGGCUGUAGAGCAGCCAGUGUGGGUUAAAACAGGAUCCCUGCAGUGGUGGAGGGAAUGGAAGCCAAAUAAAUGGAUUGAUGUGAGAGUUGCUCUUGAACAGAUGACAGCCACCGAUGGCUCAAGGGACAGCAUCCUCUUCAUAUACUAUACCUACAAUGAGGAAAAGAAGUACAUUCAUUUAUUCCUUAAUGAAGUGACCAUUUUGGUGCCAGUUCUAAAUGAGGCUAAACACACCUUUGCCAUCUACACUUCAGAGAGAACAAGGCAGAGGUGGCCGGUCCGUCUGGCUGCUGCUACAGAAGAGGAGAUGCAUGACUGGCUCUGCCUGCUGAAUAUGUCCUGCUGUGAGGGCAGAAAAAUACACGGACCUCCAUCCCAGCAGGCAAUUUGGUCUACCACCUGUAAAGGGGAUAUAUUUGUGAGUGAGCCAUCCCCAGAUUUGGAGUUUCUUACUAAUUCGAGGUCUUGUGACCAAAUGUUCUGGCGUCCGAUAGGAGGACACCUGAGAAUGGUGGAGAGCAGCAGUUGCGGUGUAGUGUGGGGAAUCGGCUAUGACCACACAGCCUGGGCUUACACAGGAGGUUAUGGAGGAGGCUUCAUGCAAGGGUUAGACAGCAGCAAAAAUAGUCUAUUUCCUCAAAGCGAUACAAAAUGUGUGUACAUAUACGAAAACCAGAGGUGGAAUCCUGUCACUGGAUACAGCGGCAUUGGACUGCUAACAGACAGAUACAUGUGGAGUGAUGCAAGUGGACUGCAGGAAUGCACAAAGACCAGCACAAAGCCUCCCUCUCCACAGUGGUCCUGGGUUUCUGACUGGUGCAUAGACUUCAAUGUUCCUGGUGGAGCAGACCGAGAAGGGUGGCAGUAUGCAGCAGACUUUCCAGCAAAUAGAAGCAAGAACCUACUGCCAAUUUUUAUACUAUUUGGUGGCUGUCCGUUAAUUUGGAGAAAGAGUUCUUAUCAUGGCUAUAAGACCAUAAAGGAUUUUGUAAGAAGAAGACGCUGGGCAAGAAAAUGUAAAAUCGUGACAAGUGGGCCAUGGCAGGAGGUCCCUCCUAUCUCCUUAUGGGAUGUCUCUAUAUGUCCAAGCAGAGGAGCGAAAGAUGAUGAACACAUUUCUGUCUGGGCCAUCAGCAACAAGGGCGAUGUCUUAUGUCGACUUGGUGUCACUAAACAGAAUCCUGCAGGUUCCUCAUGGCUCCAUGUUGGCACAGACCAACCCUUUGUUUCUGUGUCUGUGGGAGGAGGCUAUCAGGUAUGGGCUAUAGCACGUGAUGGAUCUGCCUUCUAUCGGGGUUCAGUGUCCUCCAGUCAACCAGCAGGGGACUGCUGGUAUCACAUUCCUUCUCCACAGAAGCAGAAGCUACAGCAGGUCUCCGUAGGCCAAGCCUCUGUAUUGGUGGUGGAUGAAAAUGGAAAUUUAUGGUUUCGCCAGGGUACCACUCCAAGUUACCCCCAGGGAUCCACCUGGGAGCAUGUGUCAACCAAUAUUCGCAAAGUAUCUGUUGGCCCCCUGGAUCAGAUUUGGGUGAUCGCAGACAAAGUGCAAGGAAGCCAUAGUCUGAGCUGUGGUACUGUCUGCCAUCGCUUAGGGGUUCAACCCAUGGCACUUAAAGGGCAUUCUUGGGAUUAUGGGAUUGGAGGAGGUUGGGAGUAUGUAACUGUUAGGGGAAAUACUGGGUAUUAUAAUGUCCAACAAUCCAAAACAAACUCCAUUCCGCCUCUGGACACCCGUGAAGAAGAUAAGGAAGAAGCCUCAUCCUCUACACAGUCUGAUAAUCCUGCUGCAACUAGUACUUAGGAUAUACAGGCUCACUCCAUAACACCUUGCAACAUAGUGAUAGCUUCCUUGUAGUGUGUGUAUGCUGAAGGUAUUUUUGGUUUUAUUUAUUAUUACUGUGAACCUUCAAGUGGAAUUCCCUAUGUUUCCUUUCUUCAAAAAAUGUGAAGGUGAUGGAAGCAUGCUGAUUUUACCGUGGCAGGGGCACAAGGGAGGUUUGUGACUCGCACAUGAAUCUCAGCUUUCUGCAAUGUUCAAUGUAGUUGACCACCUGCCACAAUUACCUUUAUAAAAGUAGCCAUAGACAGGCAGAACAUGUGCAACAAAUGGAGAGAGAUCUUGCAGUCCUUAAGCAAGAUAGUGGAUUGCUGGUACCCAUUGGGACUCUCAUAUCCUUGUCAUGCACAGUUCUUUGCUUUAAGAGUGAAGGGUCUUGCCUGCCCACAGGGUGCUUUUCCCAGCAGGUUGUAAAAUAUUCCUGUGCAAUAAUGAGAAACUCCUAGGAGGUUAGAAGUGGCCUGGUUGCAUUGAAGCAGGUAAAAGCGUUAGUUGGUUCAAUUAAAGUAUCUCAACAGCUUCAGUUAGGUUAUCUACAGUAAAAAAAAAAAA